GGUCACAUGAUGCUAACUGUAGGUAUUUUAAUGUGACCCUCCAUGUGUCCUCAGAAUCAGCUCACCAGUCGUCUCCAGGAUUCGGACAGUAAACAGGAAGUGGAAAAUGAGUCUAGCAGGAGGAGCCUGUCUGUGUCCUCUCAGUCCAGGAGGAAGCAGAGCUGUGGAGGAGACCCGGUGCUCAGAGCCACUAUGAGGCAGCUGCAGCAGCUCGGAGUCGACGUGGACCGAGAAGAUCUGACGGAGUCUGAGCGCAGAAUCCAUCAAACGGUGGAGAGCAACAGCAUUCUGGCGAGCAUUAACCCGGCGGCGGUUCUGUCCCGUCUCAGCGUGUCCGAGCCGACAGACAGCUGUCUAUUCCCUGAAGGCAGCGUGGAUCUGAGUCUGGAGGCCAACGCCAUCGCCCUGCGUUACCUGAGCGACUCGCAGCUCAGCAGGCUCUCUGUGGGAGGCCACGCCCCCCGCCCAGGGCCCGCCUCCAACCACUCCCUGCUGUCUCCUAGCAACAUGUCUCUGGCAACCAGGAAGUACAUGAGGAGGUACGGCUUGAUCGAGGAGGAGGAAGAGGAGGUCGAUGUUCGCCAGCCGCUGACCGAAGCCCUGAACGUAAAGCUCCUCCCACAGAGUCAGCUGAUCCGGGACUUGCGGCCCAAAAUGCAGCUGUUA